GAAAUCUUACAUCAGGUAUACAUAUUUUUAAUUUACGAAAUGAUUGAGUAAAUUGCAACAUCAGCCAUGUCAGUCUUGGCUAGAAAUGUAUUGAUUUGCACCGUACCAACAGUUAUUGUUCUUCUCUCUGUGUUUUGGUUUCGGAGAAAGAAAAAGAUUAAGACAAUCUCGCUUUUAGAAACAAAUGAACAGACGUUCUCUUCUGAGGAUUACGACCUCAAGUUGAAUCAUUCAAGUGAAAUAAGUUCUGACGCUGCUGAUACAUUAUCAGAUGCAAGCAGUUUUGCAUCACCUCAGAGUUCAGAAAAGUCAAUUAGAACUAAAUCAAUCCAACUCAUGUCUGCUCCCAAAAACGAUACUACUAUAAGUAGUAAUAUUUCUAAUAAUGUAACAGCCACUCUUUCAAAUUGCCAAAAGGCAGAUUCAUACGAAAUAGAUUCUUGUAUUGAAUCUAAUCUUUUGUAUAAAACUAAAGACAUUCAGUUUUCUGAUGUACUUAAUAAUGAAGUACAUAAUAAUAUACAAUCAGAAAAUACUGAUUUUAAUAAUGAGUCUGAAAAUAAAAAUUCUGUCUAUGAUGAUAUAAAAGUUUCUAAAAUUGUAAAAGAGUAUAAAGAAGAAUCUGUUCCUGUAAAUGUAGAAUGCAAUUUGCAUAAAAUUUCUAAUGAAAAUGUAAUUAUGGAAAAGUCUGAAGCAAAGAAUUUUCAUUCACAUGAAGAUACUGCAGAGCUGAUGAGGCUUUUGGAAAUGAAUUUCCAUCAAAAUGAUAAGUGUAAAAUAGAACGCGACAGCUUACGCUCAAACGAAUCAAAUGAGAGUGCAAUAUCAUCUCAAGGUGGUGAUAUUGAGAAGUUGCAAACUGCUGAAACUGAGAGCAAUGAUAGCCAUUCUAGUGUUCUAGAUGAAAAUAGUUUGAGCUAUGUUAGUGAUGAUUCGGAAUACAGGCAUCUAGUCGAAUUGAAGAAUAAAGAUAGUCUCUCUAGUGUGCUGGAUGAAAACAGUGUGCUUAGUAGUUUUUGUGAAGAUUCUGAAAAAAGCAUCAAUGUUGAAAGUCCUAUUACUGCCAUUAAAUCGGAUGUCGGUACAGCCAAUGAGGAUUCUGUGCCAGUAAAUUGUACAGAUAUAGACUUCACACUGACUCUUGUAAAAGAUACAAUUGAUCAGUGUGCAAAUCUUUUCAAAUCGGUUGCUGUUACUGAAAGUAAAAUGGUUGACAGUGUUGAAAAUCAAUGCUCAAACUCUGUGGAGAUUAAUUAUAGUUUACAGAAUCUUGAUAAAUGUUUGCCAGAAACUAGAGACUUUAUAGAUAACAGCUCUUCAGAUUUACCAGUAGAAUCCACCAAUAAGUUCCCUGAAGAUUCUAAUGUGAAUAAUCAGAGGCAUCAAACUACUUUAAUAAGUUCCAAUGAAGCCUUAGAAUCCUGUGAUAGCUGCACUUCUGAAUCAAACUUCAGUCCUUCAUCUGAUAAAAAAUCAUCAGUAGUUGUGCCGAACUCAAAUUCAAAAGACUUGCUCGACCAGCCCUCAUUGGAAAAUCCUUGUAGUACUUUACUUGAUAAUUCUAGUGAAUCCAGUCAUGUUUGUGCAGUAGAGAAUGACAGCCAUUCUCAUACUCUACCUGCAACUGAUAAAAAUCUGGAAGCAAAUCCUCAAAUACCCAUUAUGAAUAUCCAGGGACUUUUAAAUAAUGAAGCAGCCUCUACAGUUGAAGUUGCUGAAAGUUCUAUGAAUCCUGCAGCUUGGCAAGUACAGGAUGUACAAAAUGAUAUAUUGAAUGAGCAUCAGGAUGAAGCAGCUAACUCCCUUGAGGGAAAAGAGGACGAGAAUCCUAGUAGCCAUUUUGUAUAUGAAUUUGAACUUCCACAGGAGCUCUGUGGAAGGUUAAUUGGCAAACAUGGGAAGCAUGUUAAGAGUAUCAAAGAUAGGUCACAUACAAAUGUAUAUAUAAAGCGGCAUCCUUAUGACCCUCAGCUGAAAGUUGUGGUUGUUGAAGGUAACAGAGCAGAUGUAACUGAAGCUUUAGAGAUCAUACGUAGAAAAUAUCCUCCAUCUCGAUAUCCUAUGGUGACAUUAGUAAGGACAAAUGUGCUUAACCCUCCUAAUGUUCUUCCAGAAUCUUUGCAGCUUCACCUUCCCGAGGGUGCUUCUUGUGAUGUCAUUCUGUCCAGCCUUGUGUCUGCUGGUCACUUUUUCCUGCAGCAACCCACUCAUCCUACGUAUCCUUCCCUCAGUACUCUGGAUCAGUGCAUGAUUAACUGUUAUUCACAGUUGGAUACACCUCUUUUGCCUCAUCCUGUGGAGCCUGGAGUUAUCUGUGCUGCCCCUGUUCUCAGAGGAUGGUAUAGAGCUCAAGUUAUUCAUGUUUAUGAUAAUGAGGUUGAUUGUGAGCUUAAAUUCGUUGAUUAUGGUGGAUUCUCUACUGCUCCAAUUUCAUCGUUGCGUCAAAUCAGGAGCGACUUCAUGAGUCUUCCUUUUCAAGCAUCUGAGUGUUACCUAGCAAAUGUUAGGCCUAUAGAUUCCUCUGACUCUUGGUCCCCUGAAGCAACAGCAACAUUUGAAGAACUUGCACAAGGGCAAAUAUUGCAGGCUUUGCUUGUAGAGUAUGCUCCAGAUGGAAUACCUUGUGUACAUCUGUAUAGGGUGCAAGGAAUUACAAACAUGUUCAUCAACAAAGAGCUGGUAGAGCGUGGUCUGGCCGUCUGGGUUAAUAACAGUCACUGGGAUCCCCACUGACCACUCCUUCCUCUCGUUAGCUGCCUCACUUUUUAACUGGCCACUGAAGUGCUUCACAGGGAAGUAGAUGCUUCUGUCGGAAUCCUAGGAGCUUGAAGGCUCUCUCCACUAGAUUAGUCAAAUAACAUAGAGCAUAAGUUUUCUUUUCUCUCUUUUCUUUUUUAAUUCUAUUUUGUUGUACUUAGUUUCUCAGGGCAGUGACCUUGAAAAACAAAUGUAAAUAGUUUUUCAUUUUUUAUUUAAAUGGUUGCCCUGAGUACGUACUAUUUUGUUUCAUUUUGCUUUCUUUAAAACAGGCGUUUAAAUUUAAAAAUCUAUCCAUUUGUUAUUGAUGGAGAGAUGUAUUUUUUAAACCUGGUGAAAAUGGUGUGAAUGCACGUUUUUGAACUUGCAGCUUUCAUGCAAUUACUUUAAGUACAAAAAUUAAUAGCAAGACGGUUUCUUUUCCCAUGCUGUAGAAGAGACGUGUUCUUAAUAAGUUAAUUUAGAUAUGUCAGACUUGUUCAUUAUAGCAAGACAUUUCUACCAUAUUUUUGCUUAUUGGUCCAGUUUUAUGAAGGAAAAAACAAAAUCUGUAGUUUGUAUUUUCAAUAAAAUUUUGCUAUGCAUUAAAAAUCAAACAAUAUUUUAGUAAAAAAUUAGAAUUAACUGGGUCAUGAUUCAUGAAUUUUGGUGAUGCAAUUUGUAUUUUAAAGAUACU